AUGACUCGUUUCCUCCAACGAUCUCUUCUACUGCUCGCGCCUUGGGCCCUUAAUCUGUUUCAUACAGCAGAAGCACUGUAUGUGCCGGCUAAAAUAAGCAAUGGCACGUGGGUCGCGGCCGACAAUAGUACAGCCAAUACAGGUGACGUGUCUUCCUCGUUGUGUCCCACGUGGUGUACUGCCCCGCAAACAACUACCGUCUCGGCAACAGUUACCGAAACUGAAACAGUUUCAGUUACCGAGUUGUGUGGGGCUCCACUUGUCUCUUCCUCUACAGUGGUCCCUGUCGUCUCUACUGCACACUUUACUUCUCCUGGUACCUACACCGUUACUGUCUACCCUUCGGGCACUGGAUCUGCUGCUGUUCCUGCCGGCAACGCUGGAGGUGAAUCUGGUCCCGUUGUUUCUACUGUCACUGUUAACGAUAAUGUCUACUCUACUGCUGUUUCCUACACCGUCUCCUCCGUCACCUUGACCACUCAAGUUCCCUGCUCCGAGGAGACUACUAUUACGUCUGUCGUUUAUGAGACCACUUGUGACUGCAGCAAGACACGCUACUACGUCUACACGCCAACUGACUCACCAAAUGCUCCCGUCUCAGCUGAAUCUGUUCCCACACCUUUGACUGCUACUGCUUCUGGUAAUGCCUUGGCUAGCUCCUCAGCAUACGUCAUCACCGACUCGGCUGAAAUAAGCUCUUCCAGAAGCGAGUUUGCUGCCCCGUCUGCCCCUGUCGCUUCCCCAGAUUUCCCCACAACAUCUGGCUAUGACGUUGUUUCUUCUGUUACUGAGACAGUUUUCAGUACUGUAAGCUCAAACAGUAUUGUUGAAGGCUCUACGGUUCCUGCGCCAAGCGCUGAGGUAUCGACCACAGUCAUCACUGGCUCUGUCGAAUCUGCUACUUCAGAGCGUAUUCUUACUGUUGUCACUGAUUCCACAGGUGUCGUUACCGAAACCAAAGUGAUUACUGCUAGUGGUUCUCUUGUUUCUACUCCAACUACUGCUAACUCGUCCCCUGUUGAGUCCUCUGCUUCUCCCGCGACUCCUACGGACUCGGGUAACUUGUCAGUCUCUACCGUACCUGGUUCCAGUGUCGUUCCUUCACAACCAUUGACUACCUCAGUGUAUUCUACUUUGAUCACGACCACCGUCCCUGUCUAUUCAACUCUUACGACAUGUCUGACCACAACCAUAACUACUGUCGUUCCUGUUCAGAGCACUAUUUACUCUACUAUCGACACUGAAACCACAGUCGUCAAGCCUACUACCGUUUACGAAUCCACUAUUCUUACUCAAACAGUUACCUCAACUAACACUCUGACCGAUUACACAACCGGAGUCUUUUACACAACCGUCACCGAGACCAUUCCCUGCACAGUGUGUAAAGACACUACGAUUACCUACUACGAAACCAGAACCGAAUCAUGUAACGGAACGACUUACACAACAGUCAUUCCCACUACUACCCUUGUUCCUGUCACGGUAACCAGUGCAUCUGUUCCCGUCACUCACCAAAACAUUGUCCCCACUUCGCUAGUGAACACGACUUCCUCGUCCGUGAUUCCUGACGGUUGGACUACUGAGACUAUUACUUCCGGCUCUGUUGGAUUCACGUCUACUUUGAACACACCUUCUGGAUCUGUCCCCGGUACUGUAGAGGUUGUCGUUCCCACUCCUGCCUGGAUUACUGAGACAAUCACAUCCGGCUCCGUUGGUUUCACCUCUACUCUGAACACUCCCUCUGGAUCUGUUCCUGGCACUGUUGAAGUUGUUGUACCUACUCCCGCAAGCAAUGUUACCAGCGCUGUUUACUCCUCUGCCUGGAUUACUGAGACAAUCACAUCUGGCUCCGUUGGUUUCACUUCUACCUUGAACGUUCCCUCUGGUUCCGUCACCGGCACUGUUGAGGUUGUUGUCGUUCCCACUCCUGCAAGCAAUGUUACUAGCGCCAUCUACUCAUCUGCCUGGACUACUGAGACAAUCACGUCUGGCUCCAUUGGUUUCACCUCUACCCUGAACGUUCCCUCUGGUUCCGUCACCGGCACUGUUGAGGUCGUUGUUCCCACUCCUGCAAGCAAUGUUACCAGCGCUGUUUACUCCUCCGCCUGGACUACCGAGACAAUCACAUCUGGCUCCGUUGGUUUCACUUCUACCUUGAACGUUCCCUCCGGUUCCGUCACUGGCACUGUUGAGGUUGUCGUUCCCACUCCUGCAAGCAAUGUUACCAGCGCUGUUUACUCCUCCGCCUGGACCACUGAAACAAUCACAUCUGGCUCCGUUGGUUUCACCUCCACCUUGAACGUUCCCUCCGGUUCCGUCACUGGCACUGUUGAGGUCGUUGUACCCACUCCCGCAAACAAUGUCACCAUCGCCGAAUACUCUUCAGUCUGGACCACUGAGACUAUUACUUCUGGCUCCGUUGACUUCACCACGACAUUGAAUGUUCCCUCCGGCUCUGUUCCCGGUACCGUCGAGGUUGUUGUCCCUACUCCUAUGUGGGUCACCAUCACGACUACGUCUGGUUCCAUUGAGUACACUACGACUGUGAACAUUCCUUCCGGAUCGCUCCCUGGCGGCAUUGAGGUUGUCGUUCCUACUCCCGUUUGGGUCACCGAGACCAUUACCUCUGGCUCUGUUGGUUUCACUUCCACAGUAGCAAUGCCUUCUGGCACUGCUUUUGGCACUGUACUCGUUGAUGUUCCCACCGCUGGCUGGGUUACUGAAACACUUACCUCUGGUUCUGUUGGAUUCGUCUCCACCGUGGCUACGCCUUCCGGUACUGUCUCCGGCACCGUUGAAGUUGUCGUUCCUACCGCUGGUUGGGUCACUGAAACCAUUACUUCUGGAAGCGUUGGAUUCACCAAGACUCUCAACGUUGCCUCUGGUACUGAAACCGGCACUGUUGAGGUUGUUGUCCCCACCGCUGGCUGGGUUACUGAGACCAUCACCUCUGGCUCUGUUGAAUUCACCAAGACUCUCAAUGUUGCCUCUGGCACCGUAACCGGCACCGUCGAAGUCGUUGUCCCCACCGCUGGCUGGGUUACUGAGACCAUCACCUCUGGCUCUGUUGGAUUCACCAAGACUCUCAAUGUUGCUUCCGGCACUGUAACCGGCACCGUCGAGGUUGUCGUUCCUACCGCUGGCUGGGUCACUGAGACCAUUACUUCUGGAAGCGUUGGAUUCACCAAGACUCUCAACGUUGCCUCUGGCACCGUAACCGGCACCGUCGAAGUCGUUGUCCCCACCGCUGGCUGGGUCACUGAAACUAUUACUUCUGGUAACGUCGGUUACACUUCUACUUUGAAUGUUGCCUCCGGCACUGUUACCGGCACCGUCGAAGUUGUUGUUCCCACUCCUGCUUGGGUCACUGAGACCAUCACCUCCGGCUCUACCGGAUUCACUUCUACCCUCAACUUGGCCUCCGGCACCGUCACCGGCACCGUCGAGGUUGUUGUUCCUACUCCCAGCUGGGUCACCGAGACCAUCACCUCUGGUUCUGUCGGCUUCACUUCCACAGUAGCCACUCCCUCUGGCACUGCAGCCGGCACCGUUCUCAUUGACAUUCCCACUCCUUCUUGGACCACAUUCACCGUCACCUCUGGCUCUGUCGGCUUCACCAGCACUCUCGCCUUCCCCUCUGGCACCGUCCCCGGUACCGUUGAGGUCGAUGUUCCUGUGGCUACCUGUACCAAUAUCUGUACCGCUUCAAACACCUUCCGUGUUCGUGUCAACGGUGAUUCAUCCUCUCCUGCGUACAUGUACUUGAAUUCAAAGAACUACGCUAUGUCUGGAUCCACCGUUCCCGAAGGCUCCAUCGAUACCUUCACAUAUGACUCUUCCGACAAUCGUAUCAAAACUUGCUGCGGUGUGCUUCCCAUUUACCAAGUGCAACACACUGACGACAAUGCCCAUUCUUUCAACAUCGACAUGAAUGCGAACGGAGACUUCACAUUCCAUGAGAAGUCUGUGAGCACACCUUUUGUUUUGUCCACAUUGAGUGACAACAGAAUUGGUUUCUCUUCCGAUAUGUCUAAGUUCAGUCCUCAAUAUGACUUUGCGGACGAGUCUUUGAGAGCUGUAAACAUCACACUUUCUGCCGUGUUUAACUAG